AAAAUUAAUCGGCAAUUCUACAUUUCUAGUACCACAAUUCUGUAUGCUUUAUAAGAAUAUACAUGUAUAUUAUCACUUUGAAAAUUAUUUAAUCGACAAUUCUACAUUUCUACUACCACUUGCCUGGUCGUUACGUUGCUCUUACCAAUCUCGCCAUACAUCAAAAUUUGUACGUCAAAUAGUUCACGAGAAUUGAGCUUGCCACCCACUUCGUUGUUUCGCCAUGCAUAAAACGUAACGUACAUCUUUCUCUCAACAUGCAGUUAUUUUAAUACUAAACGUCUACUAUAAUUAGUUUUCGUGAGGCUAAACUUCCGAAUAGAAAAUGGGUGUAUUCCCUGGAUUUGGUAGCUGGAUCAACCAGAACAGUCAACAGCCUCUUAAGGCCGAGUCCAAGAGAUCUGAAAAUGUCGACUCAGAGGAAGACGAUUUUAAUUAUCCUGAUAAGGUCUACUAUGAUUUAAAGGAGGCGCAGAAGCAAGCAGAUCUUUGGCAUGAAGCAGAGAAGAAGCAUCCAUGGCAUAAUGCAUCUCCUAAGAUCAAGGUGACACAUGAAAAUGGUUUUUACCAUAUGAACAUAGAAUUGACCGUAGGGCUGCCUCCUUAUUUUCUCUACAACUUUUUGAUUGAUCCAGGAAGUGGUACAUUUCGCGAUUUGCGCAAACGGCGCAACCUUAUGGAAAACAAAUCAAGAAAGAUUUUGUUUGAGAAUGGUCCGAGGCAAAUGAUGAGGAUGGAGAAAUCUGUGGCUUGUAAUGUAUUUGGGGUGUAUAUACCUAUCUCGAUGAAUCUAAUCGUCGAUGAAAACAGAAAAGAUCUUAUGACACAAUAUAAGAAAGAGAAAGUAAGAUUUAUGAAAGCAUUCGAGGGUAACUACAAAGUGGAGCCUAUAUUUGUAGAUAAAGAACGUUUGUGCAAAAAGAGGAUACCAAUGACUCAAGAAGAGUAUAAAAAAUGCAGUGGUGGCCAAGGAAAGCUUGCGUCAAAACUGACAAUAGACCAAUACUAUCAGCCAUAUCCUCCUUUCAAUCUACCGCCGCUUUCUUGGUUCAUCCGUGGGAUGACCAUCAAAACCUCUAAGUCUCUGCUUGCUCAGGUUCAGGACACGUCUAUUGCAAUGCGAACGGCUACACCAAUGCCAGAGGAGACAACAAGUAACAAACAUGAAAAACUCUAGAGCCUAAAUGAACAUCCACAAAUACAUGUUUUAAAAUUGAUAAAUUCUCAAAAGUAUAAGAAUACAAUCAAACAAACAAAAAAUAAUCAAAAUAAACAAAAUAUGUUAAUUUGUUAAAUAAGAAAAUAUAUAAUAACAAAAUUCAAAUUCAGUUUAAAAAUAUUUAAAUAUAUAUUAGCGUGUAAAAAAGGGAUAUCAAAUAUUAUAUUAUAUUAAAUUUUAAAAAUUAUUUAUCUUCGAGAAUUCGGAAGCAAACACUAACCUCAAUGAACAUGGCUUCUUAAUUAAUUUUUUCUCUUCAUUAAAAUAAAUAUAAAAUGAAAAAUUUCCAUCCGGUUGUAAGUUUGUGUGGUCUGCUUGUAUGGUUCUUGGGUUGCUUAGUGUUUCAUCUGAGUUUUAUGUUCGUAAUGCUGUUUUCUUCUUGGAUUAAGAUCUAUUUUGCUUUGUGUCUUAUUAGAAGUCAGUGUAAGUUUGGUUUGUUUCUCUUGUUCAGGGUUCUGUUUCUGGAGAAUGUAUGUAUUCUUCCUGUUUAGUUUCUGAGAUUGUCCUUUCAUCCCCCAGCUAUGUAUUCCUUCAUGUUUCAGUUUAAUGAAAAAUCCAGAUGACCAAAAAAAAAAAAAAAUCUCCAUCCACUCAAAUUAAAAUAAUUUUGUUAUGAACCACAAAUAAGGAAAGUGAUAUAAUAGGAUAAUUAUUAAUAAAUCGUUUACGGAAUU